CUUAGUAUAUACCCUCAUCCUUUAGCAUUUUCAGAAGUUAACCCUGGAAGUUAUCAGCGUCUAGUAAAGCGGGCCAACCGUUCAUGAAGGACGGAGUCAAUGACUCUUCGUUGUAGAGCCAUUAAAUUACGGGAAGUAUUAUUUAGUUAAGUUAAAUGCAAUUAAUAUCCAUUAAACAGGCCGUGCAACAACACCCUAAGAAAAUAUCCAGGAACUCGGCCUUCUGCAAAUUUGCCAAAGCCGCCUCACUAGCGCGAACAAUGCGCGCGCUGAAAAGACAUUUACUGUAAGCGUCGUUAUACUGGGCGCGCCCUACAAAGCUUUUGCGUUUCCUCUACAGUCAGCGCGGCGCUGGUACGUAGUGUGGGCAUUUUUGAGUGCCGCUUCUCGGUCAAGGACGAAUAGUGUGUGACUAUUUGUAGCAGUUCAGAAGCGUCAGUAGCUCAGAUGGCAGCGGCCUUCGGGAGGAUGGAAGCACCAGAACGGGCGCGUUUAACGCUCGCUUGGGCGCUCCCUUGGCCAUGAGGCCAUAAUACUUCAAUAAAGCUAAGUUGGACAUGGCGAGCAACAAUUCGUGGCGCUCGCCGGUUACGGCUUUGGCUGCCAAACAGCCGAUGGGACGCAGCAUGUCCUUCUCCUCGAAAAGGCUGUGCAUAGAUGGCGACGGGGCACGGUCCCGUGUUGGCUCCAACCAUGAGCGCCAGGGGGAGCGUUGGGGCUCAUGGGACGGCUUGGCGGCUUCUCUGGCGGUUUCGGAGUGGCUCCUGGACAAGGUGCUACCCAUCAUGCAUCCAGACAGCCCCGCACGCAAGGCCUGGGACUUCUGGACGCUGGCCCUCAUCAUGUACGUGGCCAUCGCCACACCGCUGCAAAUCGCUUUCAGCUCCUGGAGAGACUCAACCGCUACCCAGGCGGUGGCCUGGGCCACGUCCGGCAGCUUCUUCCUGGAUAUCCUGGUGAACUUCAGGACUUCGUACACCACCAAACACGGCGAUGUUAUCCGCAGCCCAGCACUCAUAGCCCACCGCUACUUGAAGGGCAUGUUCCUCUUCGACUUGCUGUCCGCACUGCCCCUGAAUGAGACACUCACACAGACAAGCAUCCAUUACAACGCGGCCUGGCUGGGCCUGUUGAAGAUGCCGCGGCUCUUCCGGCUUGUACGCCACCUCGACACGCUAACACGGACCAAGUACGUGAACUUGGUGGCGGUGGCGCGGCUGCUCCUCCUCAUGCUUCUCAUCACCCACUGGGCCGCCUGUCUGUGGCAUUACCUGUCAAGAGAGGUGCCAGAGUGGCCUUGGAUGUUUCAGAUGGAUUGCAGCACGUGCCCCGAGCGGGAGCAGUACCUGCUUGCCUUCUACCGCUGCUUCCUGCUCAUUUUGGGAGACCGACCUGACACGUGGAACAAUGUGGAGCGCGUCUUUGCGGUCUGUCUGCUCUUCUUAGGAGCCUGCCUGUACGCAGUUGUGGUCAGCAGCAUCACCAUGCUCGUCAGCAACAUGUGGAGCAUGGCCGCUCGUCACAAGCAGCAUGCAUCCAUGCUGCAGGACGCGCUGCGAUACCACAGCGCGAGCACGGAGCUGAGUGUUAAAGUGGACGAGUUCUUCGAUUUCAUGGCUCGCUACGAUCACCCAGGUUUGGAGGGCGUCUCGCUGCUCGCGGAGCUGCCGGCUGGGUUACACGCAGAGGUACUUUCCUCGGUGUUCGAGCCCAUGCUGCUGAAGGUACCCCUGUUCGCCUACUGUGAGCGGCCUUUCGUGUGGCGCUUGGCCCAACGGCUGCGGCUGCAGCUCUUCAUGGGCUGUGACGUCAUUUACGACUUGGACAGUGUGGGCCACAACAUGUACAUCAUCUGGAAGGGUGUUGUGGCGCUUGUGGGGCCGGACGGCUGCACAAGUGCGCUGCUGACCGAUGGAGACCACUUCGGGGAGCGCGGAGUUACCACCGCUAGCACACCACGGCCGCACAAAGCGGUGGCGCUGCGUGCAUGCGACUUGAUGCUGCUCAGCAGAUGGGACCUGCAGGACGCGAUGCGGGACUUCCCGGACAGUGCCGUACUGGUGAAGGACCGCGCAAGGCUGCAGAACCCAGAGUACAGUGCCACCAUGUGGGCGGCGACCAUCAUUGCGGGCUUGAAGGACCCGGAGGAGGAACUGCCUUCCUCACUUGCUCGGGCUGGGCUAAAGCAGACGAACCCCGAAGUCGAUUCUGAUAUCGACCUUGCUUCGGAUUCUGCUGACGUCGUCACAGCUGCUGAUCUCGGCGACUCCCCUGCGUCGUCAACAGUUGGGAGCGCGAGCGUGGCCGAGGUCGAAGAUGGAUGCAACAAGGAUGCAUGCGCAGCACAAGAUGAUGUUGGCAAGGAAGAACGGCGCGUAGGCUGCGUCGAGCUAUCAGGAAGUGCUGGCGGCUUCGGAGCACUUGUGGUGGUCGACGCGUCAGCUGACACCAACACCGCAGACUCCUCCCGCAACGCGAGUGCUUCUGGAGACGACGAAGACGACGAGGAUGACGGCGGCGCCCCUGCAACUUCCAGCAGCCGUGUACGCAGCAUGACGAACAAUAACAGUAUUAAAAAAAGCAUUCAGUGUGACCCCAACAUGCAUGGCAAUGCAACGGCGUUAACGGCCUUACGCCCCAUGACAUCCCUGGAGCAGCAGCGUGGCAGCGCCGCAUGCACCUCGUCUAGCCGCUGGAUGGUUGACUUUUGGCUGCAGGACCGGUCCUCACCAGGGCUUGCGGAGUCCUCCGCUGCCCCGCAUGCUGCUGCUGCUGGUGCCUCCGGCGCCGCUGGUAGUGGUGCUGCUGGCGGGGCGGAGGUUGGUGCGGGGCCGGUGGGGGAGGCUCUGGAGCGAAGCGGCGGCGGUGCUGUUAUGGAGCCCUCUGCUGCUGCUGCUUCCACGCCGGCAUGUGGUGGUGGUGGUGCGCUGGUAGGGAAUGCAGCCCCGCAGCAGCAGCUGUCGGGGGCGACGCCUCCCCCGUGUGUCGUUCCGAGCUGUGCGCUUCUCCCGCAUAUCUGGCACUCCUCAUCCGCACUAUCCCUGUCUUCAUCGUCUCAGUCGACAGCUAGGGCAGCCUCUGGAUCUACGUUUGUGCGGCCUCCUGCUACUGAAGGGUCCCAGCCACAAAUCCUGAAGCUCGCUCCUCCCACCACAUCCCCGGCCCGUCAGCAACCCCCAGCUGCUGCUUCGCCAGCUGUGCCACCAGCAUCAGUCACGGCCGGGCCCAAGGCAAGAUCACUGUCAGCAGCAGUCCUUGAGGAGGAGGAGGUCGUGCACGUGGCAUGUACCAUUACUCGACACCCUAACCAUUCAGAACCCUCGCUGUUGAGUGCUUUGGAGAGCCUAUCAUCACCGUCUCCGCAGCAUUCGUCAUACCAACACCAGCAGCAGCAACAACAACUACUACAGCAGCAAUCCAGCAGGCGUUCUCUUCAACAGCAGCAGCAGCAACAACAACAACAUGGCCUAGCGGCAAAGCUCUCUCACCACGAGGCAGCAACGCACGGCGGUCAGUCUGUACACAUCACGGGCGCUCCACACGCAGGAGGCUCCGGCUCACAAGCUUUGGCUACUGUCGGCUCGGGCAUAGGCACGCGGCGUUCUUUGGCGGGACUCCUGCAAUUCCGCUGGUCCCGUGCUGGCAACGGUAAUGCUAACGGCCAUAACGGCGACAGUAACAGUACCGGCAACCAUAACGGUGUGGGCACGGCUGCUUCAGGCGGCGUCGCGUCUGCAUCAAUGUCACCGCUUCUAGCCUUCAGCGCCGCGAUCAGUCCGCCGCGACGAAGCACAAGUUAUGACCAGCCGCGUCAGCUGCGGGGCUCUGAGAGCUGUGACCGGCGGAGGAGCGGCGAAGUUUGGGAUCAGGUCACGCAGUGGGUGGAGCAGGCGACGCUACUGCAGGAUCACGGAGCAAUGGCCGAGGAGCCAACUCGAUGGGGAGGAGGAGGAGGGGUUGCUGGGAGCUCUAUGAGGUCCCAACGGGAGGGCAGCGCCUCUCAAGCCAGACCUCGACGACGGUCGAACGACGCUCUGGUAACAGGCGUUGGCGUGACGGCGUUGGCGGCGGCGGCGGCGGGGCAGCUGGAGCAAUGUCAUUCCGGCGGAGCGACAACCGCAGCCUCCAGCAGCAUUCCCGGCGCAGGAGGCCUCAGCAGACGGAGCAGUGAUGGCACGGAAAUCCUGGAGGAAUUCCAGCGCGGGCGGGAUCUUUCGGGACCUCCGCAGUUCCUGCUGCUACCCCCGCAGCCUUUCCUAGGACUGGACCCGCUAGGCCCGUUCUUCGAAGGGUCCUCCGGCCCUCCUACCAUGGCUGCUGCAAGCCCCAUGCAGCGCUCUCGCAGCCGACCUGGACACGGGUCACAGUCCACAGCCGUCGCCUAUACCGGUCGUGUUUCGCCACGCUCUACAGUGGAGGGCGAUGGCCCCCUGCCCCCUGCCCCAAGACACGUGUUCGGAUCCGCGUGCCGACGAAGCAGCGGUCGUCAGGAGGCGCCUGAGGUAUCUGGCUCAGGCAUCGUCACAGGCACAACGGCUGCUCGUCCGGCUCGGAAUUCGGGAAUGGGCAUGCGCAACAUGUUGCUGUCGGAAUGCAGCGAGCGGUCUGCUGACGGUUUGCGCGGGGAGGACCGAGAUGCAAGGUGCUUGCUACUGGAGCGGCAGCUGGCGUUGGUGCAGGCGCAGCUGGAGGAUGCACAGUCGCAGGUUGCAACCCUGCUGGCGAAUCCACUCAAGGUGCCAGCCGUCGCGGCGGUGGUGCGGCGGGAAGUUGAUGCGGCGACGGCACAACUGAACACGCACAUGGAGGGCAUGCUACAGCGGUUCAUGGACGCCCUGCAAGCAGUAGCAGCCCGCACGGACGAGCUCACCCAACAAGUGGCAGCAGCGGACGGGCGUCUGGAGCGGCUAGAGGAGGAGCACGACGCCUUCCUACAGAGCGGCGGCCAGGCAGGUGUGGGCGUCGGAGUCGGUCUGUCUACAGGAACUGGUGUGCUGGACAGCCGAGACAUUGAGGAGUUGGCGGUGGCGCCUUCACUGGGGCUGCUCAGGUCACGUGGCGUGACGACAGGGCAGCUGAGCAUGCUUCGGCCGACGUCCACAACGAGCAGCGGGGGUGCGGCGGGACGAGCUGCCGGAGGGGAUGCAGGCAGAGCUCAGGUCAACUACGCCAGGCAGCAGUCGUAUACUAGGAUGCAGCACCAGGUGUCACGUCGGCCAUCAGCCUUUGGCGGCGCACCUGAGCUGGAUCCCUUCAACGAAAUCAGCGCCGCUGCCAUUGUCACCGCUCCUGAAGGGGAUAUGAACCCCAUGCUUCAACGAGCCAAAUCAGGUGCCAGGCGCAGAUCUGCCUUAGGGCAGCAGGUGAACGGAGCCGCUGCACAAGGUUCACUUGCCGGCGCGCUUGGGGUUCAGCUCUCCUCCUCACCCUCCUCAGUUUCCCGUCCGCUUGCACCGCAGACACAGCCGCAGGGAAUCCGGCACUUGAGCUCCUACCCGUCGGGCGAGUUUGACGCACGGACCAGUCCUGUCGCCGGAUCCGACGAGGGGAGGCCGGCUCAGCGGCCAGGGCCUUCCCUGACAGCAAUCGCUCCUGCACUUAACACGGACAGCCUCUCACGCGUGUCUACUCCCGUCCUGGACA